UUGCAGGAUUUGAGAUGGUGGUUUCGCUAUGUGGCCAGUAGAUGGCAGCAUAGGAUGAAAAGACAGCUAUGUGAGAAGAGUGAAAACCAGGAAUCAGGAGGUCUAAAAAACAUGUUGGGAGGAGAGGAGGAGGAGGAGAAAAGAAGAAACGCCUCAGAGGCGACAGGAGAUCGCCACUUCCGGGGGGCCGGAAGGACACCGCGGGGAGAGAGUGGUGGAGGGGAACGCCGAGUCGUUCCUUCCGAGGAGUCCAGCGCGUCGUGGCCGUGCUUUAGGCGUUGGCACCCGGGCAGGGAGUCCCUCGUCAUGGCCGGGGCCAAGCCGGGAGUCCACGCGCUGCAGCUCAAGCCCGUGUCCGUGCACGAGGUCCUGAAGAAGGGGGGGAAGUUCGUCAAAUGGGACGAGACCUGCGCAGACACAGACGCCCACUGUGCUGCCAGUGGGCUUUAUCAGAUACUCAAAGAGGGGGUGAGGGAGGGAGGGAGCCGGUUUUUGUCGGGCACCGGUUCCACACAGACUGCCUCCUUCACCAUUUCGUUCUCCCUCCCUCCCUCCCUCCCUCCCGUGUUGGAUGGGAGCAGGGAGCACCUGUGUCGGUUUGUGAGGAUGUGGGCUGUGGAGGUGCACGGUGCAGAGGCCCCGGGCCCCGGGGGCCUCACAAACCACGGCCACGCUUUCGCUUCUCCAUUCCACCUUCCGCGUGUUUUGGAAGCGCGUCUGGCAGCCCAGAUCCGGCCUCUGGGGGGUGGGAUCGGGAGUUGGGGCUCCGCCGGGCGCGAGUGCAGGGAGAAGGUGCGCGUACACGCGUCCGCGCGCACGUGA